AUGAGGCUUCUGAUCCGAGACGACCGUGUAGCGGCAUCUGAGUUCGUGGCGAAAUACAUUAUCGAGCGCAUCAAAGCAUUUCAGCCUACACCAACAAGACCUUUCGUUCUUGGCCUUCCCACGGGAAGCAGCCCAGAAAAUGUGUACAAAAUACUUGUCCGAGAGCACAAGGCAGGCAAUAUAUCAUUCAAGCAUGUCAUAACAUUCAACAUGGACGAGUAUGUCGGCAUACCCGUUAACCACCCCCAGAGCUACCACAGCUUCAUGUACAAGCACUUCUUCUCGCACGUGGACAUCGACCCGACCAAUGUCAACAUCCUGAACGGCAACGCCUCCGACCUCAGGCUCGAGUGCCGAGAGUACGAAAAGAAGAUCGCUGCCGUCGGAGGUAUCGCACUCUUCCUAGGAGGUAUCGGACCAGAUGGGCAUAUUGCCUUCAAUGAGCCCGGGUCCAGCCUGGCCUCCAGAACUCGGAUUAAGACGCUAACCGACGACACAAUCCUGGCGAAUUCGCGGUUUUUUGACAACGACGUGGAAAAGGUACCGAAGAUGGCGCUCACCGUCGGUGUGCAGACGGUCAUGGAGGCCAGAGAAGUAAUUAUUAUCGCCACUGGUGCGCACAAGGCUCUGGCUCUGAAGCACUGCGUCGAAUCGGGAAUCAGUCACAUCUGGACGGCAUCUUGUUUGCAACUUCACCCACAUGCCAUACUGGUAGUCGAUGAUGCUGCGACGCUCGAGCUUCAGGUCAAGACGGUCAAGUAUUUCAAGAGCAUCGAGGCGUCGGCUAUUGCUGAAUAG